AUGAAGGCUUCAGCCGUGGUUGUUGGCCUUGCUUCGGUCAUUACCAUUCUCAAUUCGACGCCUCUCACAUUGGCUCGUGAGGAUGGCGGUCUGUGGUCACGUUUCAGACGGGCAGUUGGACUCCCUGCUGUUCCCGAGGUGGGAAUAUCACAUGUGAGCUAUGAGCGUUUGGUGCCUAGGCAAGAUCCAGGAGAGGAUGGUGGGGAUGGUGGGGAUGGUGGUGGAGAUGAUGGCGACGAUGAGGAUGGCGAUGAUGAUGGUGAAUGGACGGAUGAUGGUGGUGAUGAUGAUGGUGACGGUGUCGAUGAUGGUGAUGAUGGGGAUGAUGGAGGUGAUGGAGAUGAUGGGGUUGAUGGGGAUGAUGGUGAUGAUGGUGAUGAUGAGGAGCCACUGGGAUAUGGGCCCCCUCCGCCACCUGUUUCAACUACCAGUGGGGGGUAUGGCUACACUACGCCUGUACACUUUCACCACUCCAAGCUCGACUGGGGGGUAUACGUUUUCGACGUCCAGCACGGAAUCUUCCAAGAGCACAUCUCCUUACCCUAUGACAUCGACUACGGAGGGCACCCCUACGUUUACGACAAGUUCGGAGACAUCAGCCAGCGCAUCAUCCUCUCCGAGUGUUACGCCUUCUCUCGGCUCCUUUUCGGUGACAGGGUCGCUUCCACCUGA